GGGCUGAGUGACCCCUCCAGAGGGGGAGGCCAGGCUGCCAGGGGUGGGAGUGAUGGUGUGUCUUGGGCCUCCUUUAGCAACAGGAUGAAGUAGGAGCCUUGGAAGGAGAGGUCCCAGCCAAGGUCAGGCCUCCUUCCCCUCCCAGGUGCCUUGCUUGGGGAGUGGAGAGGAAGGCUGUCACUUUGAGCCCGUCCCUUAGAGCCUUGGAGGCUUGGUGGUGCCACCUUUCCAGCCUCGCCUUUUCCCCUGAAGAUGGUGGGAGCCCCGCGGCCCCGCCUGGUGUACAGCCUGACCGAUGCCACCCCCGCCAGGACCAUUUGGGUCUACCGGAAUGGGGAUCCUUUCUAUUUGGGGCGGAAGUUUGUCAUCAACCAUCGAUACGUGCCCAACUUCGAAGCCUUCAUGAUACAGCUCAACGAAGGGCUACCCAUGCCCUUUGGGGUGAGGAACAUUUACACCCCCCGAUAUGGACACAGUGUGUCGGAUCUGCCGGACUUUCAGCAAGGAGGCAGAUAUGUGGUGGCAGGCCGGGAAAGGUUUAAGAAACUGAAUUACUUUAGUAUAGGAGCAAGGAAACCUCAAAGAAAGAAGAUGGAUGAAGUGAUUCGACCAGUAGUCCACAGUAAUAUACAAGUACCUUCCAAAUGGCAAUCCAUCUAUAAUAAGCCACGAACUAUUAAUGUUUUCACAAAUGGAGAGAUGUUGAUACCACCUAUAAGAAUUCUCAUACCCAAGUUUACAUUGAAAAGUUGGAAUAGUGUCCUUGGCAUGAUAAAUGAAAAAGUAUCGCCUCGCUCUGGAGGUAUUCAAAGAUUAUGUACUUUAAAUGGCCUCAUUUUACAUGGGCCUGAUGAAUUAGAAGAUUACCAAUUUUACGUUGGAUGUGGGAAUGAAACAUUUAAAUAUUUGCCAUACUGGGAGCAUCCCAAAGUUCCACAAUAUAUUCGGCGAAAUUAUCCUUCUUCUCAUGAACCUCCAGAAAAACCUCCAUCCAAAAAGCUUUUGAUAGAACCAUCUCAACUACAGCCUCCCAUUCAUCUUUUAAAAGGAGAAGGAGAUAGGCCUUCCGUAUAUCAUGCAAAACCAGAGAAGGCAAGUCGUGAAACGACUCCUAGAUCGCUGUCACCUGAUCAUGAACCUAGUGUCUAUAAAGCUCAGCAGCCCCCUGAAGAAAUUAAAGGGGCCCAAAUGAUACAAGAAGACAAAGAUAUCCAAGUGGAAAUGCCUGUUGACCAGGUAGAUUUAAUGUUCCAGCUGAGGUUGUUCAAGAAGAAGACAUUUAUUCAAAUGUUGGGGAUGUCGAUGAGCAGCCUUCAGAAGAGAACAAAGAAAGUCUCUAUGAGGAAGGAGAAAGACAGGAAGUGGAGGCAGAAGAGGAGCCUGUGCAGAAAGAAGAAGAACCUGUGCAGAAAGAAGAAGAACCUGUGCAGAAAACAGAGAAAAAAGGCGUUUUCAAAAAAAUGUUUGGAUUCUUUUUCAGUAAAUCAAAGAAGAAAGAUACAAAAGAAGAGUAUACAGAUGAACAAGAUCCAAAGAAACAGAAGGCAUUGUACUCUGCACAGAAUGAGCGUUUUGAUGCGGAUGAUUAUGAUUGAAGGGACUAUUUUGAACAUCAUGCCAUCUGUGGUUGUAAAGGCCGCUUUCCGGAGCUUGCUCAGCAGGCAGGAUCGGCCAGGUUGAAAUCGGCCCAGGUUUUGCAAGCAACCAGGAUCGGCUGGCAGGAAGUCUGUCUUCUUCAGAUCCCUUUGCUAAAGAAGCAAGAGCUGAGUUUUUCCUUGCUUCCCUUUGCAUUCAUUGUUCAGCCUGGCUGAGUUUCAGCGUUGCAAUAAUGCUGGUCUCAGCGGCGGGAAAGUGUUGGGACUAUGAAACUUCCAAAGUCAUUCCUCACUGUGAUAAGUGCCUAAAUCUGAAUGAGAACUAUGUUGAAAUGUACUAUUUCAGUGUGGCUUUCAACUGCAUAUCGUAAGUGGUUUAUCCUAUAUUUUGUUCUUUUUUAAUUCCAAAACGUCAUGUACUUUCUGGAUAGCCCUCGUAGUAUACACUGCCCUAUAUCUGCUUUGAACUGGUUUAUAAAUCUACACUGUUAGAUAAUCUGGUAUAAGAAGAUAAUCAUGGAAUAUUGGACAAUGUAGAACAGGCCUGAGACAGCAACACCUUUAAUUUCUCAUGGCUCAAACAAGCUUAUUUAAAAUCUUGUGUAAAACACUAUCUUCAGACUUCAUAUAUGAAGAAUUAAUGGCAUUUGUGUUUAGUUUUGUGUCCCAUUUCCAUUAUAAAUGCAAAUACAGGUAUUCCAAAAUCUGGGAAAACAAUCCAAAAUCCAAAACAUCUUUGGUUCCAAGUAUUUGAGAUAAGGAAUAUCCACUCAGUAAUUUUUCUGUUAAAUUUUGUAAAUUUAAAUCUUUUCAAAACUUCAAUUAAUGUAUUUUAAAAAAGAAAAACAACGAUUUGAGGAUUCCAGCAAGACAGACCUAAGGUACCACAAUAGCAUUGUUUUAUUAAUUAAUUAAUGUAUGUCAGUUAAAUAUGUACCAGUUGUAGCUGUAAGC